UAAACCAAUAGAAUUGUCGUUUGAAAUACACUUAUUUUGAUUGGACAAAGUUAUUAUAUGACGUUUACUGGGCUCGCUGCUACAUUGAUUAGGCACUCUUGACUCGUUGCUAUUUUCGCUUCAAGAGCUGUGAGAAGGGCGUUUGCUGCUGAUCAUGCCUGAGCCUGCGAAAUCCGCUCCUGCCCCUAAGAAGGGCUCCAAGAAGGCGGUGACCAAAGCCCAGAAGAAGGACGGCAAGAAGCGCAAGCGCAGCCGCAAGGAGAGUUAUUCCGUGUACGUGUACAAAGUGCUGAAGCAGGUCCACCCGGACACCGGCAUCUCUUCUAAGGCCAUGGGCAUCAUGAACUCGUUCGUCAACGACAUCUUUGAGCGCAUCGCAGGCGAGGCGUCUCGUCUGGCGCAUUACAACAAGCGCUCGACCAUCACGUCCAGGGAGAUCCAGACCGCUGUGCGCCUGCUGCUGCCUGGAGAGCUAGCCAAGCAUGCUGUGUCCGAAGGCACCAAGGCCGUUACCAAGUACACCAGCUCCAAGUGACCUGUAGGUCUGCGGAGCUAUCGGUCAGUCGUGCUGUUUCUCUUGCCUUGUUCUGGAGUUUGGAUUUGCCAAGAAAAGCAAAAGGAAAAAAAGCCUGAACCCAAUUUAAAGUAUUGUCCGCGUCAAUCCGAGUCCUACUUGGUAUCAAUGGCCAAUCUAGACGCUGCCACGGGCAAUUUGAAAAAAGUUCAUCGCUGUUUCCUAUUGUGACUUCUAAAUAGGAAAACUGGGUGUUGUGGAUUUGUGGAAGGAACCCUGUUUUAUCCAUUCCCUAUUUCUUUUCUCUCUUUUAUUUGAAACCAAGUCUUCACUCUGUUGCCGCAGACUAGAGUGCUGUGGCCUCAUCCUGACUCAUACCAACCUAAAACAUGGGGAUUAAACCCAUCCUCCUGCCUCAGCCUCCCGAGUGGUUGAGACUACAGGCGCAUGCCAUUAUGCCCGGCUAAUUUUUCUAUUUUUAGUAGAGAUCAGGUCUUGCUCUUGCUGAGGCUGGUAUAGAACUCCAGAGCUCCAAUAAUCCCACUUGGCCUCUUAGAGUGCUAGGUUUGCAGGCGUGAGCCACAGUGCCUGACCCAUUCCCUUGUUUCUCUUAAGUAGAAUUCCUUUUUAUAAACAUGAUUACUUCCUACCUUCCUGUUUGGGUGCCUCCUUUGUUUUUUUCUCUCUGUGUCACUUGCAUUUAUUAUUUAUUUGUUAACUAUAAGAAAUUUAGAAAAGAAUAAAUAUCAGAAAGUAGAGCAGAAGAAGGGCUGUUCCCCACUAUCCCUCAACACUCUCCCCUCUCCGGAAAUCAAAAUGAGUUUCUCCAUUUUAAGCCUUUAAAUGGCAUAUUUAACACUAUUUU